AUGCCCAAGCUCGAACCGUUUCUCGGAGAGAGCAAAGAACAGGUUCCUGACAUCGUCAACAUACACAACAACACUGUGGAGGUUUUCCUUCGCAUGUUCCCAGGUGUAUUCUCCAAGGGACUGAAGCUGUUCAAGAAAGUGGAAGCCAAGAUUGGCGUCCCAGCGCAUCCCCACCACAUGGGAAUAACAAUUGUAGCCGAUACGGCUUUUAAAAAUGCACAAGCUGAAACUGGUUACGAUCAGCAUUUGUACUUACAAACUUUAGUGGACACGAAACGACCUCAAGCGCAAGCUCUUUGCCCCAGGGCACAUCACGGCGGCUCAAGCUCUCGCGCAUUAAAAGUAAACCUAUAUUUUGCGGAACUGAGAUGCUCCAACGUCAAGCAUGUCUUAAUACAAGUUGUAAAUUCGACCGCUGAAGACGAAUCAAUAUUCGAGAUAUUUAAAAACACUACCAAAAGCAGUGGAAGGUCUCUGGAUCCUCACCUAACUCUCGGAAUGUUCAGGGAAUGGGCAACUAAUCAAAGUUUCUUUAACAAUAGUGAUGUCGUUUAUUUGAUAACAAGUCACAAAAUUUCCGACUUUGUCAUGGCGUACCGACGGGAGAUGAAAGCCGCGUCUUACGCCUUCGGGGUGUGUUCGAGACGGAGGGUGGCACUCAGCUCGGAUGACGGCAAGUCAUUUUCGGGCGUUCCCGCUGCAGUUCAACAAAUCGCCAACUUGUUGGGAGUUGACUGGGACGAUGAUAGGAAUAAGGAGGGCUGUACUCCUCAGGAUGGUCAUGUGAUGAGCAGAAAUGGUGAACCCACCCAGUAUCCAACCUUCUCAGAAUGCAGCAAAGAUUCGUGGGACGAGCAGAUUCAGAUGUCUCUUAGCCUACAGCCAUGCUACAAGUUGAACGUGUCCCUGAUAUCCACUACAGAGAGCAGAACACCGUAUACAUUUUGUAACUGCACGGAGCCAUGCAACCAUAUUACUGAAGAAAGUGAGAACACUGUACUCAAUGUGCCAUCAGAAGCGAGAGAAGAUUCCAAGACCCUGGAUAUCUGUAAAACUAGUUGUUGCCCAGAUUACAACGAACAGUUUCAUGAAAUGUCAAAAGGAGCUCCGGAUGGAAUGCUAUGUGGAUCGCAUCAGGUAUGUCUUCAGCAAGUGUGCGUCAACCUGCCGCAACAAAGGAGCGCAGUUAGCACAGUUCCAACGGAUAGUGACACGUGA